AUGGCCCUGAAGGCCGAGGGCGCCGCGCUCGACUGCUUCGAGGUGACCCUCAAAUGCGAGGAAGGGGAGGACGACGAGGAGGCCAUGGUGGUGGCCGUAAUCCCGCGGCCCGAGCCGAUGCUCAGAGUGGCCCAGCAGGAGAAGACCCCACCGCCGAGGCCCAGCCUGCUAGAGGCAGGCGGCGAUGGCUGUGAGGAGCCCAGGCAGCAGGUGUCUUGGGAGCAGGAGUUCCUGGUGGGGAACAGCCCGGGAGGCAGCGGGCGGGCGCUGUGCAUGGUGUGUGGGGCUGAGAUCCGGGCCCCCUCGGCGGACACGGCACGCGCCCACAUCCUGGAGCAGCACCCUCACACCCUGGACCUGAGCCCUUCCGAGAAGAACAAUAUCCUGGAGGCCUGGAGUGAGGGGGUGGCCAUUUUGCAGGACUUCAGGGCCGAGCAGCUGUCCCCGCCCCAUUCAGACUCAGGCCAGGAGGUCGAAGUGGACCCAGACUCCGACCCGGACCCCGAAAUGCCAGCAGAGAUUGUCGUUCUCCUCGACUCCGAGGACAACCCCUCCCUUCCUAGAAGGAGCCGGCCCAGGGGACUCCGCCCUCUGGAGCUUCCUGCAGCCCCUGUCCCAGAGCCGGUAAGCAAGAAGCCACGUGGUCAGAGAUGGAAGGAGCCCCCUGGGGACGAGCCGGUCAGAAAGAAAAGAGGCAGACCCAUGACCAAAACCCUGGACCUGGACCCGGACCCGGACCCAGAUCCCCCCUCACCCAGCUCACCCACUGAGACUUUUGCGGCUCCCGCCGAGGUCCGACACUUCACCGACGGCAGCUUCCCUGCUGGCUUUGUUCUCCAGCUCUUCUCCCACACCCAGCUCAGGGCCUCAGACAGCAAGGACUCGCCCAGAGAGGGGAGAGUAGCAGAAGGAGGUCUUCUCCAGCCGGAAAGCCCCUCCCCAGCUCCCCCUCCGGGGCUUCGCGGGACGCUGGAUCUCCAGGUUAUCCGCGUGCGGCUGGAGGAGCCCCCGGCAGUCAGCCUCCUGCAAGACUGGUCCAAGCAUCCCCAGGGCACCAAGGGUGUGGGAGCAGGUGACAGCCCAGACUGGCCCGCGGUUCUGUCGGAAUCCAGCACCACUGUCGGGGGGCAGCCAGAGGCAGGGAGUGGCCUGUAG